CUUUGCUGAGCCUAUCAUCUACUAGGACCCUUCAAUUAGUAUCCUCCAUACAAGCAAUUUGCACCAAUUGCUGAUUCUUUAAUUCCUUCCCGGCAGACAGGGCAAUGCACUAUGUGACAUAGAUGAGGCUUCACUACCGAUAAUUCUACAUCAGUGAUACAAAUAUCUGAAAGAGGAUGUUACAGGAACUUACUUAACAAGCGAUGUCAAACCCAUCUGCAUAUAUAAAUACGGCUCAACAGCAGAAGCGAGAACAUUCAUAGAGGGAUUCAGAGAGGAACAUCAGGACUAGGAAAGUUCAAAUUUUUUUGGCCUCAAAUCUAUCCGGGUAAAAUUAAGAAUUUUAGAAUGGUCUAUCUAUUCUCUAAUGCUACUCUUAAAGAAGAGACCACAAUCCCCUGGGCUUACUAUAAAUCUACCCCAUAUGUCUAUUCAGAAGAAGAAGAAAGACAGGAACGUAUAGAAUUCUCUCUUCGUGUGUUCUCCCUGGUGAUCUAUUCUUUGGCUUUCCUACUAGGGACCACCGGGAAUGGUCUGGUCAUCUAUUUUACCGCCUUUGUAAUGAAACGGACUGUCAAUGUUGUGUGGUUUCUUAAUUUAGCCAUAGCUGAUUUUAUCUUUACAUUUUUCCUGCCGUUGAACAUUACCUAUGCCUCUCUUAACUAUCACUGGCCUUUUGGAAAAUUCAUGUGCAAGCUGAAUAGCACUAUUCUAUUCAUGAAUCUGUACGCCAGCAUCUUCCUGCUCACUGUGAUCAGCAUUGACCGAUUAAUCUCCGUUGUGUUUCUAGUUUGGUGUCAGAAUCACCGAACUCCGAAGUUGGCCUUAUUUGUAGCUGUGGCAGUAUGGAUCCUAGCAUCCAUUUUCAGUUUACCUUAUUUUAUAUUCCGAGAUAUAAACGAUGCUGCAAAAGAUCAUGUUGCGUGCUAUAACAACUUUAGUGAGGAUGAAAAAGUUGCCUAUGCAAGGCACAAGGCUACACUAAUCGUUCGAUUUAUCGUCAGCUUUUUUAUUCCUUUCACCAUAAUCAUCUCAUGCUAUUCAGUAAUUAUUUUGCGUAUUCAAAGAAAUCACAUGACCACAUCGAACAAGCCUUUCAAAGCUGUCCUAGCUGUUAUCUUGUCAUUCUUUGUCUGCUGGUUUCCCUACCACGUCUUCUCCUUUUUGGAGUUGUCUGCAAAUUAUGGUGAAAAUUACCACCUUUACUACAUAACUUUUGUUGGAAUACCUAUUACCUCCAGUUUGGUUUUCAUAAACAGUUGUAUCAACCCCAUUCUUUAUGUCUUUAUGGGUCGAGAUUUCAAACAGAAAUUCCAGAGCUCCCUCCGGUCAAUAUUUGAGAGAGCCUUCUCCGAGGAAUCUACCCAAAUAGACUCCAAGAGCAAAACCAAAUCAACAUCAGAUUCCGAGCUGGUUAUGGUGACCUUAUCGGCUUUAAGGUGUUUUUUAGGAUAUGUCCGUGCUAUAAUAUUGUUCCCAAGUCUUUGUUAUCUCCAGCAGAGAGCUUUAUGACGUUUGUCAAAUACUGAAUUUGCCAAUUGCUCAAGAAGAUCAUAUCCUGUCUCGGAAUUUCAGAACUACCAUUUACUUCCAUACCAUCAUAAUUAAAAACAGGUAACAAACAACUGAGAUUACAAGUACUAAUACAUACUUUUAUGCAUGCCAAUUUCUAAGAGAAGAUGUUAGGAGCUGAAUCCAGGCAAUCAGAUAACAUAUAAGGGAGCAGACUUAGAGGUCUUGUCCAUACCCAAACUUGUGACUGGACAGUGAACAGAGCAGCAGUAAACUGAUGAGUCACUCUGCUCUCUCCACCUAUUACUGUGUUCUUAUUAGCACAACGGAUCAUCUCCUUGUACUGUAUCAUCAAUUUCCAGUCUGAGCUCUGCUAUAUAAUGGAUUGCAAGAUGCUGAUGCCAAAUCAGGUUUCAGGUGCUUGAGUUAAAAAUAAAGUAAUGAUGUAUUAUUAAAUACAGAACUGCAUUAGUUUGUGUCUUUUAUGUCUAGCCAUAUUUCAGCUUUAAAAUAAAUAAAGUUAUCACAAAUAUAUUUAAUA